AAAUGCCUACCGAUUUGCCAUACGCUGCCGAUGCGGAGAUUUCCUUGUCCUGGGAUGAGCUCGACGUUCUUCGCCAGCAAUACAACAACGAACUUGAAAAGUCGCACGUAACUGUUCAGACCAAGUUCAACUAUGCCUGGGGGCUCGUCAAGUCCCCACAGAGGGAGCAUCAAGUAGAGGGAGUGAAGCUGCUGCAGGAGAUAUACCGCGCAGAAGCAGGGAGGAGGAGAGAGUGCUUGUACUACCUUGCCCUGGGACACUAUAAGAUGGGCAACUUUGACGAUGCGAGGAAGUUCAAUGAAUUGCUACUCCAAAAGGAGCCCGGUAACCUGCAAGCCCAGAGUUUGCGGGAUUUGAUCGAUCGUGGAGUUGCUCGUGAGGGGUACAUUGGUAUGGCCAUCGCAGGAGGGGUCGCGGCGGUCGGGACGCUGCUCGCAGUUGGUCUAGUCCGUCGAGCUAUACGCAAGUGAAUCCCCCUCAUCCGCCCUUCAGUUUCAUUUCGGGUCUAACGCUGCAUGAUCCCUCGUCUAAUUUUCCGAUCUACCACGACUAGCUCCGACCAUCACGGCCCUCACCCCCUGACCUAUCGCACAUCGCGUUACAGUCCAAUUGUUCAUACAAUUACAAUUUU